AUGAUUUUAAAUACAACCACGGCCUUGCUGUUACUCACCUCAUCGGCCAGUUUAUUGAGCAAUGAAACGCAACCAUAUCCUCAAAUGGUUAAUAACUCACUAGUCAUAAAAGUGGUGAGCGGUAUACAUGAGCUGUAUCAGUUUAAAAAUUUCGUUUUCUUUAUAUCGGAACGUUUGGCUCGAGAUACGGAUACGGCUACUAUUUUCUUUGAGGAUUUUUGGGAUGCUUUUCCCACGGCUCCUACGAUAUUGAUUAUUAAUGAUCCGAGUAAAAUGGCUGGUUUUCUGAGUACUCCUACGCUGUGUUUGAUCUUGACCACGGAGGGAGAGGAUCCUAUAAUGGAAUUGGCCGCUUUAAGUAUGAAGGGUGCUAGAUAUUUUAAGACUAUUUUCAUACUAUUCCCCAUCGUGGAAACGGAUGAGUUUUAUAAUACCUUCGAGCAGUAUACGAUAUUUUACGACAGCAUACGUUUGUUAUACGAUUGGGUGUGGAAAAAACAGUUCCUAAAUACUGUACUCAUUACUAUAAGGAAUAAUAUCUAUAUGUAUGAUCCUUAUCCGGUGGGGAAUAUUGUUAAUAAGACUGAUGAUUGGUCAGCUACUGAUUUCUUUGUUGAUUUUUCCGGAGAUUUUGAAGGCUAUGAAUUGCAGACUAUGGUACGCCACGACUUACCCCGAGUAUUUCGCAUGUCUCGCUUUCCUCGCAAACACCAGCAGGAUGAAAUUAGCGGUACGUCGGGUAAACUGUUUAUAGCCUUUGUGGAAGCGAUUAAUGCCACCUUCAAUGACACCGUCAAGGAUAAAUCCGAUGAGGAGCCACUGGAUAUUAAUGCCAUUAUCCAUAUGGUAGAGGAAAAAGAUUUAGAAAUCGGCGUCAAUUCCUAUACCGCCAUGAUAGCUUCUCUAGUGGGGGCCAGUUAUCCUAUAGGCAUUAAUGACUGGUGUAUUAUGGUGCCCUAUCAGAAUCGUUCACCCGAACAUGAGUAUGUGAAGCGAGGUUUUCAUGCCUACAGUUGGUAUUUGAUAUUCUUUAGCGUUUUUUAUAUAGGCGUGGGCAUUUGGAUAUGCACACCCUCCUGGGAGAGGGAUCUUUCCUUAGCAUUUCUUCAGUCUAUUUGCUCCAUUUGCUAUAUAGUUCCUCUAAGGCUUCUAACGCUACCCUACAUACGUCUACGCUUUUUAUUUAUUUUACUUUUCAUUGUGGGUUUCUUUUCCACCAAUCUCUACAUGUCCAAGAUGACCAGUUAUUUAACCACUGCCACCGCUCAACAACAAAUCGACACUGUAGACGAUGUCAUACGCGCCAAUUUGCCACUCAUGAUGAUGGACUAUGAGUAUGAGAAAAUGAAGGAAAUGAAUUAUUCUCAAAAGUUUUUGGACCUAAUAGUGGUGAGUUCGAAGGGUGAAUUGGAUAAACAUCGUGAUCGUUUCAAUAGUUCCUUUGGCUAUAGCAUACAAUCGGAUCGUUGGUCGUUCCUUAACAAACAGCAGCUAUACUUAAAGAAACCUCUCUUUCGCCUUUCAUCCAUUUGCAUUGGUCCCUACUAUCAUGUCUUUCCCAUACAACGUGACUCGCAUUUAGCCAAACCUUUGCAGAAUUUCAUUAUGUCCGCCUCUCAAUUUGGCUUUACCACCCACUGGCGUUCGCAGGCCUUUGCUGAUGCCUUAUUUAUAGGCUACGUUCAUAUGAUAUUGAUCGAUUUGAAUAUCCGCUGCCUUUGA